AUGUUACCGAGCCAGGCCGCGGCCGGCAACGGGGCCGCCGCUGCCGCCGCUGCCCUGGCCCGCGGCUCGGCGCUGGGCCGCUCGGCGGUGCCCCGCGGGGCGAACGGCGGCGGCACCGGGGGAGGAGCGGCGGGGCCGCCGGGCGGGCGGCUGGAGCGGGAGGCGCUGUACAGCGGCAGCGAGGGCGACUCGGAGUCGGCGGAGGACGAGGAGCUGGGCGGCGGGGAGCGGCGCGGCAUCAAGCGGGGCCUGGCGGAGGCGGCGGCGGCGGGGCCCGCGGUGGGCCCGGGAGCGGCGGCGGGCUCCGGGUACGGAGCGGGAGGAGGCGGCGGCGGCGGAGGAGGAGGAGGAGGAGGAGGAGGGGGCGGCGGGGCCGUGAGCGGAGCCAAGCCCGGCAAGAAGACGCGGGGCCGGGUGAAGAUCAAGAUGGAGUUCAUCGACAACAAGCUGCGGCGCUACACCACCUUCAGCAAGAGGAAGACCGGCAUCAUGAAGAAGGCCUACGAGCUGUCCACGCUGACGGGCACCCAGGUGCUGCUGCUGGUGGCCAGCGAGACGGGCCAUGUGUACACGUUCGCCACGCGGAAGCUGCAGCCCAUGAUCACCAGCGAGACGGGCAAGGCGCUGAUCCAGACGUGCCUCAACUCCCCCGACUCGCCCCCGCGCUCCGACCCCACCACCGACCAGCGCAUGAGUGCCACGGGCUUCGAGGAGACCGACCUCACCUACCAGGUGUCCGAGUCGGACAGCAGCGGGGAGACCAAGGACGCGCUGAAACCAGUUUUCACCGUCACCAACCUGCCGGGGACGACGUCCACCAUCCAGACGGCCCCCACCACCUCGACCUCCAUGCAGGCCAGCAGCAGCCCCUCGUUCCCCAUCACGAAUGUCCGAAUUACCGGCACAGACAGAUCGGAGGGAGUUUCUCCUAGGCAGCUGCUGCAGGUGCCAAUGGGGCACACACUUAGUCUGGAGGAGGCCAAAGCUGCUCCAUGA